AUUGCUGACGGCAAAGAUGCCACGCGGCGCCAAGCCCGCGGCUUCGUCGAAGCCGAACCCCUUCGACUCCGACUCGGACUCCGAGUCCCAGCCCACGAAGAAGUCGUCGGCGGCGUACCAGGCCCCCGCCGACGCCAAGAAGCGGUACAAGGACGGGUUCCGCGACGCCGGCGGGCUGGAGAACCAGUCGGUGGAGGAGCUCGAGCACUACGCGGCGUACAAGGCCGAGGAGACCACCGACGCGCUCGCCGGCUGCCUGCGCAUCGCCGAGGACAUCAAGCAGGACGCCACCGACACGCUCAUCACGCUGCACAAGCAGGGGGAGCAGAUCAGCCGCACGCACGAGAAGGCCGUCGAGAUCGACCAGGACCUCACCAAGAGCGAGACCCUUCUCGGGAGCCUUGGAGGGUUCUUCUCCAAGCCAUGGAAGCCCAAGAAAACGAGGAAGAUCAAGGGACCUGCCGAGGUGUCUCGAGAUGACUCCUUCAAGAAGAAGGCGAGCCGCAUGGAGCAGAGGGACAAGCUGGGGCUGAGCCCCCGAGGCAAGAACGCCAAUCGCCAGUACGGCGAGGCCACCAGCGCCAUGGACAAAGUUCAGAUCGAGAAGCAGAAGCAGGACGACGCCCUCGAUGACCUCAGCGGCGUGCUGGGCCAGCUCAAGGGCAUGGCCGUCGACAUGGGCACCGAGCUUGACAGGCAAAACGAAGCGCUGGAUCAUCUGCAGGAUGACGUGGACGAGCUCAACUCCAGGGUGAAGGGAGCCAACCAACGUGCGCGCAAGCUGGCCGCCAAAUAGGCCGCCUCAAACAGCGUGGCAGGGGAGCUUUGCAUUUCUUGGACUUGAUUCAGCA